CCUCCUCCAUCAUCAUCAGCUGACUGUCUUCAAGUUAGGUGAACAGCUCAGCACAAAACAAACCCUCAGCAUGACGCUAACCCAGCGACAUGAAUCACAAACGGCUCGCACGGUUUUAGAGAAGAAGAAGAAGAAGCAGCAGCUCGGGAUGAAGGUUAUUUUCUAACCGGCCACAGGGAACGGUAGCCGGCCCGCUGCUCGCUGCUGCCGCCGCCGCCGCCGCCGCUCAAGUUAGCCUGCCGAGCUACAGCGAAGAGCUAGUUAGCUAACAGGCUAAUUUAGCCGAUGUAGAUGACACAAUGGAGGGGAUUCUGUACAAAUGGACGAAUUAUAUGACAGGCUGGCAGCCCCGCUGGUUCGUCUUAGAGAAUGGAGUCAUCUCUUAUUACGACAGCGAGGACGACGUCGGUAAAGGAAGCAAGGGAUCCAUCAAGAUGUCCGUGUGUGACAUCAAAGUUCAUCCAACAGAUCUGACGCGUCUGGAGCUGAUAAUCCCCGGCGAGCAGCAUUUCUACGUCCGGGCUGUGAACGCUGCAGAGAGACAGAGGUGGCUGGUGGCUCUGGGUUCGUCCAAAGCUGGAACACUGGACAGUCACAAACACAGAGGUCCAGACUGUCUGAAGACGAAGAUGUCUGAACUUCGUCUGUACUGCGACCUCCUCGUCCAGCAGGUCCAGACGAUCCAAUCGCAGCACGCCGCCGACACAGAGACCACGCCCACCUCUGAGGCCUCUCUCCUCAGUGCGACCUGUGCGACUUUUAUCAGGACUCUGGAGGAGUGUAUGACCCUGGCUAACCAGAGUCUGACCCCUGACCUCCGACCUCCUGAAAGGAUGAAGAGGUCGAUCAGUCACCCUGGAACAUACAGCUUUGACAGGUCAGGUGUGCUGAAGGAGUACGUGAGUGGAGGUCAAAGGUCGACUCAGCGCAGGAACCGGACAUGCUCCGACAGCUCUGUUUAUGAUACUGAACGUGUGCUGCCCAGUCUCAACGGGGACCCGUCCUCCAUUCCUGAGGAGAGAGGAGGCAGUGCCAGCCCAAAGACCACAACCACGGACACAGACACUGACCUGUCCAUCUGAAGCCCUGACGUCCACCCAGACCCUGAAGGAACUGCUGAACUGUGAACUCUGUGAGAAGAACACGACAAGGUCACUAUCGGGGACGUCUUCAUCGAAGCGAGGAUGACUCGAGCGACAUUUGACUUCUUCUAGGAACUUCCCUUCUCGUGCUUUUUCUCUGAAUUCAGCUGAUUGCCAAAAACGUGCACUUUGUAAUCAUAAUGAAUUUCUCCUUAAAGCUUUCUUUAAGUUGCACAGUACACACUGGAGAGACAGAAAAAGACAACAGGAGAGAGACCUGAGAGUUGUCCUGAGCUGGACGUGAACCUGAGACGCUUGGUUAGAAAGAAUACAACGCUUUAACUACUCUACGGAUCAAAAAAAACAAAACAAACUGUGACCAGAAGUGAAUGAAAAAUAGUUAACUCCAGUUAAUCUAGUGGGUUUUUCUUUAGUGGCAACCAAAUGAGGACUGUGACGGCUUCUGGACAGUUUGGAUGCUCGCGUUGAUCGUUCACUGAUACAGACGGACCUGAGAUUGUACGGGCAGUGUUGAAUUUUUCGGGAUCAGGUUCGGGCAUCGAAAUCCAGCGACCGUGCCACAAAAGCAUCUUCUCGCACAGUAUUUUCUGCCGUCUCCACACAUUUGAGAACUCUGCAGAUUUUUUUCCUUUGCCCCGGAGCAUCUUCGCCACUCUUCCUCCGGGCCUCCACCGUUGUGCUGACCUGCCGAAAGCAGAGGUUAAACACAGGAACUCUGUCCCUCUCCCUGCCAGCGCUGAGGUUGUCAGUGGCGAGGUCCGGUACGGCGGAGUGUAGCUGAGGAUGAACCGGACUGAAAAGCGGCAUCUUGGCAGGUUCCCGACGCCGGUUUUUCUAUGCUGCAGUUCACAGACACAGAGAGCCGAGGAUCUUGGGUCUUCAGAUGCCAACCUUUGCACCGACGCGGUGAUCUACAUUAAAUGUGCCAUUGCUCUUUUUCCCAGAAAAACCACCUUCUCAUUCUCGACCGACAGAGUUCUGGUCUUUGAAACUGGGGCUCGGAGGGAGACGAGACUCCGGGUUGAUCUGCAGCUGUCUCCUUGAGGAGCUUGCACCUUCUCCUCGUAUUUGUUUCUGCUGGGUUGUUUUUCACCUCCACUCCAAAGACGAGUCAGAUCAGGUGAACGGGGUCUGUAAAUUACAGACAGGUGUGAAUGUGUCCAAGUAACUGCCUUUUAAUGUUUGUAUUUCUUUAGUGUUUACUUGCCUUUUGUCGAUGAAUUCCAUCCAAACGUGACCCCGCAAAGAAAAAGGUACAGUGGCCCUGGAGGCUCAACACACUGCAACUUAAGGAAACGCAUGCAAAUGAGUAGAAGAUAUCUGCACCCAUCCGGCAGCGCGCGAACGCCACUGAGAAAAAGCCAUUGCGAAGACAUAAAAGGGCGGCAAACCGAGAAACACGUUCAGCGAUUUUGAAAUUCUGUGGGACUGAACAACCAAAUACAGAGAAGCACUGACGUUAACCGCAUGUCGGUGGAGCCGGAAAGUGAGCUGAUGGUUUUAAGUUUAUUUCAGUUUUAACGUUCUUACUUUCUCAUUCAGAUAUUUGUUUAUAGCAAAGGUUUUAUUGUCCCCCUGGAAACUUGGUUAUUUUUUUUUUUUGUAGUUCCAUCUUUUUUCAGUGCGACUUGCAGCGUUUU